GAUUUUGUUUGGCGAAUCGCAAAAAUACAGUGUUCUUUUGGUGCAUUGCCGAUUAAUUUUGAGAAAUUGAAGCGAUUAAUCGGUGCAAAAAGUUCAAACCAAUUGUCGGAGGGAGGGAGCCUUCAUUUUAGUCAUCAGCAAUGGUGAAUGUAAUGAAAGGAGUUCUCGUUGAGUGUGACCCGGCUAUGAAACAAUUCCUGCUACAUCUGGACGAAACUCAAUCCCUUGGACGCAAAUUUAUCAUUCAGGACCUGGACGAACGCCACCUGUUUAUCUCAACUGAUAUCAUUGAAACUCUUCAGGCCAGGGUGGACGAUUUAAUGGACCGGAUUAGCGUUUCUCUGCACGAAAAGGAAGCCUAAGUUGGUUGCAGUAGAAGCAUAUCGUACAAAUUCUCAACUUUUCAAAACGAUUAAAGUACUAGGCAUAAGUUAGCAUUACGAAAAUGGCAUCAAGAGAAUCCGGUCGAAUCCGAGAGGCGGACAAAAAGCGUGUCCUGGAUGAUGCCUCCCGGAAACGCCGAGCCCGCAAAGCGUUGGAAGCCCUCGAGCAGGACAAUUAUCACGAAGAUCCCCACGCCGAUUUGGUCAUGUCGAAGAAAAUCCCUAAAUUCCAAGACAACAUGGACGGUGUAAGUAGCAGCAACACCAAAAAGAAAGCUAAACGAAGCAAGGGCGCGGAAUACUACCGGGCAAAGUAUAGGAAAAAUUUCCCCCAGCUGCUGGAGGAGGACAAAAUGCAACGACCGGACGGGCCAAACUACUUUACGGCCGCUGCUCAGCCGUCGAAACUGCCCGAGCGCCAUUUCUGUGCGGUGUGUGGAUUCCCCUCUAGCUACACUUGUACGGCCUGUGGAACGCGGUACUGCUCGGUGCGCUGUUUGGGAACCCAUCAGGACACGAGGUGCCUCAAAUGGACUGCGUAGUUGUUGCGCGCCGGCUGUAUAUUAUCUUCCAAGUUUUCUUGAAUAAAAUUGUAAAGUUGCCCACAUUAA